AUGAACAGCAGCAGCUCUCACAUCACCUACGCCAGUCGCAAGCGGCGGAAGCCGGUGCAGAAAACUGUCAAGCCAAUCCCACCUGAAGGAAUCAAGUCCAAUCCUUCCAAGCGACAUAGAGACCGGCUUAAUACAGAGUUGGACCGUUUGGCUAGCCUGCUGCCUUUUCCACAAGAUGUUAUUAAUAAGCUGGACAAACUUUCAGUUCUCAGGCUCAGUGUCAGUUACCUAAGAGCCAAGAGCUUCUUUGAUGUUGCAUUACAGGCCUCCCCAGCUGACAGAAAUGGAAUUCAGGAAAACUGUAGAACAAAAUUCAGAGAAGGCCUGAGUCUGCAAGAAGGAGAAUUCUUAUUACAGGCUCUGAAUGGCUUCGUGCUGGUUGUCACUACAGAUGCUUUGGUCUUUUAUGCUUCUUCUACUAUACAAGAUUACUUAGGGUUCCAGCAGUCUGAUGUCAUACACCAGAGUGUGUAUGAACUUAUUCACACUGAAGAUCGACCUGAAUUUCAGCGUCAGCUGCACUGGACAUUAAACCCUACGCAGUGUGCAGACUCUGGACAAAGAAUUGAUGAAGCUAAUGGCCUCCCGCAGCCAGCAGUCUGUUAUAACCCAGACCAGCUUCCUCCAGAAAACUCUUCCUUUAUGGAGAGGAGCUUCGUGUGCCGACUAAGGUGUCUCCUGGAUAAUUCAUCUGGUUUCCUGGCAAUGAAUUUCCAGGGGAGGUUAAAGUAUCUUCACGGACAGAACAAGAAAGGCAAAGAUGGGACAAUCCUUCCACCUCAGUUGGCUUUGUUUGCAAUAGCUACUCCACUGCAGCCACCCUCCAUACUUGAAAUUCGAACCAAAAACUUCAUCUUUAGAACCAAACACAAAUUGGACUUUACACCUACUGGUUGUGAUGCCAAAGGAAGACUUGUUUUAGGCUACACUGAAGCAGAGUUGUGCAUGAGAGGAUCAGGAUAUCAAUUUAUUCAUGCUGCUGAUAUGCUUUAUUGUGCAGAGUACCAUAUCCGGAUGAUUAAGACUGGAGAAAGUGGCAUGAUAGUAUUCAGGCUUCUCACCAAAGACAAUCGAUGGACCUGGGUUCAGUCUAAUGCACGCUUAGUGUAUAAAAAUGGAAGACCAGAUUAUAUCAUUGCAACUCAGAGACCACUGACAGAUGAAGAAGGAACAGACCAUUUACGAAAACGAACUAUGAAGUUGCCUUUUAUGUUUACUUCUGGAGAAGCUGUGUUAUACCAGGUAAACAACCCUUUUCCUCCCAUGAUGGAUCCCUUACCAGUGAGGACUAAAACUACUGCUUGUGGAAGAGAGUCUGCUACCACAUCAACUCUAAAUAAGGAAUCUUUCAAUCCCAAUUCCCUCCUGGGUGCCAUGAUGCAACAAGAUGAGUCUAUUUAUCUCUAUCCUGCUUCCAGUAACACAGCUUUUGAAAGAAAUCUUUUUAACGAACCUAUGAAUGAAUGCAGCAAUUGGCAAGACAGUAUGGCACCAGUGGGAAAUAACAGUAUCCUGAAACACGAGCAAAUAGGUCAGUCUCAGGACAUGAACCCAGCAAUCUCUGGAGGUCAAUCAGGGCCCUUUGCAGACAACAGAAAUAGUGACUUGUACAGCAUUAUGAAACACCUAGGCAUUGAUUUUGAAGAUAUCAAAGACAUGCAACAGAACGAGGAAUUUUUCAGAACUGACUUUUCUGGUGAGGAUGACUUCAGAGAUAUUGACCUCACAGAUGAAAUCCUGACAUAUGUCCAAGAUUCUUUAAGCAAGCCUGCCUUCCAGUGUCCCGGUUACCAGCAGCAACAGGCCAUGGCUGUGAACUCAAGUUGUAUGGUACAGGAGCACCUGCAGCUAGAACAGCAGCAGCAGCAGCAGCAGCGGCUGCAGCACCAGCAAAACCUCGUAGCAUCGGAGCAGCAGCAACAACUGUGUCAGAAAAUGCAGCAUAUGCAAGUUAAUGGCAUGUUUGCCAAUUGGAGCGCUAACCAGUCUGUGCCUUUUGGUUGUCCGCAGCAAGAGCUACAGCAGUAUAAUGUCCUUUCAGACUUACCUGGGACCAGUCAAGAGUGUCCCUACAAAUCUGAGACGGAUGCUAUGCCUUAUACACACAACUUUAUCCCCUGUGAUCAGUCUGUGCUACCACAACAUUCCCAGGGGUCACAGUUAGACUUUCCCUUAGGGACCUUCGAACCAUCCCCGUACCCUACUACUUCUAAUUUAGAAGAUUUCUUCACGUGUUUACAAGCUCCUGAGAACCAAACACACGGACUUACUCCAGAGCCGCCCAUAGUAACUCCUCAGACGUGUUAUGCCGGGGCUGUGUCCAUGUACCAGUGCCAGCCGGAACCUCCGCACGGCCACGAGGCCCAGAUGCAGUACAAUCCAACCAUGCCGGACCCACAGGCAUUUUUAAACAAGUUUCAGAAUGGAGGAGUUUUAACUGAAACCUAUCCAGCUGAAUUAAAUAAUAUAAAUAGCACUCAGACUCCCACACACCUUCAGCCCCUUCAUCACACGUCAGAAGCCAGACCUUUCCCCGAUUUCACAUCCAGUGGAUUCCUGUAAUGCCGAGCCCAUUUUCACCAUGGAUGAAAGAAGAUUACAGAAUAAUAGAACUAUCAGUGUUGGACAUCAGCAACUUUACAUGGAGGCAUUGAUGUAUGUUGUU